CAGUAGAAGUGUGUCCCCUGGAGUGUACUCACACUCUUGUGUUUCCAUGCGUGCCGGUAGGUAGUUACUGUGUUCCGUAGGGGUCAUACAGCACCUGGGCAAGUAACCAGGGUUAAUCCCAAGUCAUAGUUGUUUGGUGUUCACGCGUGCGUGCUGGUGUUGAGUGUUAAGUAUGAGUGGAGCAGUGUAAGUGUGUCCCCGGGAGUGGACACACCUCCGUCCCACCUCAUCAUGGCUGAUCCCUCGAUCAACAAAAAUAAUAAUAGAUUCAUCGCUGAAAAAUUCAAGAACGGCCGCUGGGUGGAGAACUCGAGAGUUGGGUUUCCCAGCAGCAUUCUCUACCAAGACUUUCUACCUCUGAAGGAUCCGGAUUUCUCCACAUGCUGUUCCAACGUCUAUCAGAGCUUCAGCGAGACUGUGCAGCGAGCUAAUGAGUGGUUAAGCCAUCGUCAGGGAUACGAGGUGAUCACCUGCGAAAGCCUGGCUUGUAACUCCUCCGAGAUACCCUCCUACCUGGCUGACUCCUGGCCUCGUACCUCACACCUCAGGGGUUUGAGAGUGUGGCUGAGGAGUCCCUCUGAGGAGGAGCCCGCAGAGACGGGUGUCCGCUCUCUGCUCAGUUACCGAGACUUCACACCGUACCUGGACAGGAAAAACCUCUUCAGCCGUGACUACGAAGAUACAGGCGUCCUGCUGGAGCGUCUUAACGCCUACCUUGAGAACCGCACCGUCAGGGCCCGCAUCCUCGCCCUGGAGACACUGGACACGCCCAUGAGUGGUUUGCUUGACAUAGAGAUGGACACAGAGAAGUCAUCACUCACCUUCUCUCAGCACGGCUUUACCAAGUACUGUCGGUCGCUGAGAGCAUUCUUCGUGACGCAGUACAAUAAGAGACCCCACGACACCAAGGGCUCAGAUAUAAUACCCAAGAUCGGCCUCUUGGACUUCAUCCCCAAGAAUAAACCCGAAGGACUCGCGAGUGGUGAGGAGACCGUGACAGAGAUGAUGCAGCGAGCUCUCAAGUGGUGUUCAACUACUGAAGGUGUCACACUGCUCAACCUGCAGGUACUGUUGCUAAAGCCGGGCGACGCGACUACAGCCUCGACUUGGCUGCUGGAGUUCCAGGGACACGUCGUCAACAAGUUCAUUCUUCGUCCGCGUCGCAUACACGCUUGGUGGAUUAAUGAUGUGAAGGAGAACGAAAUACUGGCGGAAGAUGAUGCCUCUGCGGGGACGAAGCACAUGUCGAGGCCUACUGCAAUGCAGUGUGGCACAGAAGUGACAAGUCUGCCUGGUGUGGUGAGUGUAGCAGUCUACAGACCUCCCUCAGGACCUGUCACCGGCCUCCACUGCAAGACUUUCCUACCAAAACAAAUUGCAUCAGGGAGGCUGUGCAGGCGGGGAGAGUGGGAACCCCUGGAAGAGACAGUGAGUCGACUCAACUCUUGGAUCGACGCCUGCCAGGGUGCCCUGGUUACCGUCCACACCCGCUACACCUACACCCAAGGCAGAUCUGGCAAAGUUAACCCGGAGGACAGCCGCUGGGCCCGCCACCUGACAGGCAGUGGCCAAGUGGCUGUCAUUCAUCUUGUGAUCAUGGGCGGCCGCUCCCCCACCGCCCUCCCCGCCCUCAACCAGGAUCCUACGCCCACAUGCGUUAUCUUGUAAGUUAAAGGUGCACCCGUCUAUGAUAUCCCGCCACUCUGUUGCUCUGUGCAUUUAUGUCAAGCGCUGAAUCCAUGUGGGUCAUGCGGCACUGUGAAUAGUGAAGACUCGAACCUCCGCCCGCUGACCACAAGACAAGUAGUUAACUUGUCCAAGGUAAUGAUCGCGCCUACAGGUGCCUACUGCUGUAAAUAUACUCUAUAAUUAUUUUAAAAUUAACAAAACGCGAAAAUUAAAAAAAAAAAAAUCUUUAAUAGUGCUAAUGGAUUAACAGUAUAUUUUUUUCCAUGUCGCGUUCCUUCGUGCAUCAUACUACAGUGAUGU